UAUUCUUUUUCUCUUCGUCUUCAUUGUUUAUUAAUUUCAGGAACGCUGAUGACUGCGACGUCGCUGAAGCUCCUCGACGUUCAGAUACCACGGACAGUCGAAGAGGGCGAAGCGGUUCGGCUGAGCUGCGAUUAUGACCUGGAGGGAGAAAUUCCCUACUUGACCACGUGGACCAAGAACGGCGUGGUGUUCUACCAAUACACUCAAUCAGGCGGAAAGCUCUUCCCGUUGUCCGGAGCUGAUCUUAACCUGCAAUACAGUAGCGCGACAUCCGUGCUAUUCGAGAACGUGACCAAGGCGUUCGAAGGACAGUACGUAUGCGAAGUUUUUACCGCAGCGCCACAUUUCCACGUCGUCCGAGGAAGCGGUCCAAUCAGCGUCGCCGAGAAAGGAGACGCCACGAGUACGGGUGACGUUCAGCUCCUCGGUCUGGAUGUGCCGGCGUACGCCGUGUCGGGAAGAAGCGCCAGCUUGCGCUGCCGCUUCAGGCUCGGGGACUCCCCACUCUACUCCGUCAAGUGGUACAAAGGAACUCGCGAGUUCUUCCGCUACGUCCCGAGCGAGAACCCACCCAAGAAAUAUUUUAUACUGAGCGGCAUUACGGUAAACGUUGCGGAAAGUGACCAGUCGUCGGUGCUUCUGGAAUAUCUGACUUUGAACGACGGGGGAACAUACCGAUGCGAGGUCUCCGCUGACGCUCCUUCCUUUGAGGUUCUGACCGGCGAAGGGAUCCUUAACGUGACAGGUAAAUACGCAAAACUUUCAUUUAUAAAACCACUCAAAUAG